AUGUCCUUAAAAGAUAAAAUUAUAUUUAAAACACUAUAUGAACAACUAUAUAUCCACUUAUGUGGAAAUGAAAUUUUUACGAUACGCCCAAAUGUUGACAAAAUUGUUGACCCAAUCGGUGACGGACAACAAACAACAGCUAUCGGUGUUUGUGCCGACAUAUUGCUCGACGAAGAUAUCAAUAAACUGUCGGACACUGUGCUGUCAGUGUACGGCAAAUGCGAUAUAUUGGUCAACAACGCCGGUGUCUAUCGGUUAGCUGGCUUUGGUUCGGCCAACUAUAUGGACACCUAUGACGAGGAGAUGAAAUUUUUACGAUCCGCUCAACUGUUGACAAAAUUGUUGACCCAAUCGCUUAUCGACAGUAAGGGUAGUAUUGUUAACAUAUCGUCAUAUUAUGAUAAUCCGUUUCCGCUUGCAUUGGCUAAUAAUAUUAACAAAGUUUGUACAGAUAUGCUAACUAAAUGUCUGGCACUGGAGUUAAAACCUAACGGUGUUUGCGUUAAUAGUAUCAGUCCCGGUCUUAUAUCGACGCCAUUAGUAACUAAUAACCCAAUGCUAAGCAAAUGGGUUUUAUCGCCAGAUUUUAUUGAGAAAAUUGCUUUAAGACGAGUCGGUAGACCCGAUGAUGUGGCCAAUGCCGUGGCUUUUCUAGUCGACGACAAGUCGGCUAUAAUUACAGCAUUAAAACUUGCUGUAGACGGCGGUCAUUGA